GGCCCUCCGUGGGCACCGUAGAACGGUGGGAAAUAUGGCGCUGAGCUCGGAGCCGCUCUCGGAGCGCUCCGUGAAGCUGGCGGUGCUGCUGGCCUUCGCUUCGGGGGUGCUGGUGGGCUGGCAGGCGAACAGGGCGCGCAGGCGCUACCUCGACUGGCGGAAGAAGCGGCUGCAGGACCAGCUGGCGGCCACGCAGAAGAAGCUGGACCUGGCGUAAGGCAGCCUGGAGCAAAUGGAAGCAAGAGGAAGCCUUUGGAUCAAAUCUGACAUUUAAUAGACUUUGAGAAAACACACACAUACGAGAAUAAUGCUUCUGUUAUUUCACUCAAUAAGACUGAUAUCUGAAGAAGCUCAACAUGUAUGGAAGAACAUCAUCAAUAUAAACACUGAAAUUUUGUGGUCUGCUUUGAUGGGGUCAACUUCUUGUGCCAUGUUUGGAAGAUUUGUUUCAUUGUCUGACACUUGAACUAUGAUGACUGAAUCUUGAUAACAAGUGUCUGCAUGUGACUAAAUAAACUUUAUUUUAACAAGUUA